AUGUUUACAGCGAGAAACGUUUCUAUUAUCGUGGUAUAUAUCGUCAUUGGAAAACUAUUGGAAACAUCGUACGGAAAGAACGAUGCCAAAGACCAGGUCCAAAUUACUGCAGAAUCUUUAACUGAUGGAAUCCUUACCUAUGCAAAAUUGAAAAAAGGUUCUWCUUUACCAGCUCGUAUUGACCUCACUUUGAUCCUGGACAGUUCGUUUGCAGUAGGUCGGGGCCAGCUGAACUUAAAGUCAAUCCAAACAUUUGCUCGACGACUAGUUGCCGAGUUUAGUAUUUCUCCGUCUACAACACGAGUCGGUGUUAUCUUGUGCUCAUCCUAUCCUUACGUACAAUUUGGGCUUGACUCGUUUGUUAAUAGGGAAUGUACGUUGAAAGCUUUGAAGAGGAACAGGUAUCCCAGAGGAUCUCAUUGCUCAAUAGCAAGCGCUCUGGACUUGACAAGGAGAGUAUUCUUCAACAAAAACUAUGAAAAUGCCAAGCAAUUGGUUUUCAUGAUAAUGGAUGGACGUGGUCACAGAGUUGUCUCUCGAGCGUCGGCAGCUGURAAGGCCAUCAAGAACAAACAAGCUGAGAUCUUUUUGCUGUGGRUUGGGAAGAAUGGUACAAWAKAUGACAGUGAGAUUGCAAGCAAGCCUUUGAAACUUCAUAGUUUGCAUGUGAGAAAUUACACGGACUUGCUGAAGUUAUCGCAUUUGAUCAGAGAUAAAGGUUUAGAUAGAUCGUGCAAGAAGGGAACAUUUGUUUACGAUGAGUGUAAUCGCCGUUGCCAGUGCUCCUCUGACGGACGAAUGGUAAACUGCCAUCGCGUACGGAAAGACUUUCCAUCAAUGUCUUUAGAAGAACGUCGACUAUACAUCCACGCCCUUAAGACUGUUUCCACUGUCCAACCGUACAAGAAAAUAUAUGAUGAAAUGACAAGCUACCACCCAAGAUGGUUUGAUGUGGUCCACCAACUCAAAUACUUCUUUCCAUGGCAUCGCUGGUAUAUCUUAAAAUUUGAAAACUUUCUUCGUCGAAUAGACUGUCGGGUAACUGUGCCUUAUUGGGACUGGUCACGAKCAGUAAGCAAAGGAUCACUAUGGAGAGCUUCCCACAUCCGGGAUGUGUGGCAUCCGGGUCCUCAUGGUCUCGGAGGGAAUGGCGGCGGAAAGUAUAACUGUGUCUUGAAUGGCCCGUUUUCGAGCAAGAAUUGGUUUGUUUGCUUUAUCCUGAAAGGUAAAGAGGAAUUCUGCCUGUCAAGAGCAUUCAACUCGUGCUUCUCAAGACGACUACCUGGAAAGAAAAAAGUCCAAAAAUUGCUAAAGACGCCAUAUAAAAAUUUCUUCCACUUUGAGAAGAUCGUGCGAUCAUACAUGCACAAUGAUUUCCACAAUGCUAUAGGUGGGGUCAUGUCGUAUGACGAAUCGGCUAAUGCACCAGAGUUCUGGUUUCAUCACGGCUACCUGGACAAACUGUGGGGUGACUGGCAAAAACGUGGCUAUAGUUUUAAACAUCAGUAUUUCCACGGGGUUAWUACAGACUUGCCGGGMGCCAAUGUAAGCGGUUCUCUGUUUAUAGACUURUCCAAUCAACCAAUGUGCGUUAAAGUUAUUCAAGAAAACCCCAUUGAUUUAAAAGAAAAACGAGAAGAGUUUGACCAAAGUAUAGAAGAUCCAGAACCUAUAAAGAAAUGUCACCAUAGCACGGCAAAAACAGAUGAAUAAUAAUACAAAAAUUAAUAAACAUAUAAUAAAGAUUAAUU